UGUGCGCGUGCAAAGUCAUGAUAAAAUAAGUAGCCUACAAAAUUGAGCAUGGUGGUUUGCGGUCACGUUUGCGUGCAUGAAUUGAAAAAUGCAAAUAAUGCCACUCAACUCAAACAAUUAGUUAACGAGACAACAUUGUAUAAGUGUAUUCCAACUGCAGAUGUGUGUGGGGGGGGUCAGAUCAUGGACAAGUUUGUGACGCGCAGCAAGAGGCCUGCAAGAUCUCCAGUCAAGGCCCGGCUCAGUAAGAAGGCCAGAGGAGAACCUGAGGAGGAAAAGAAGAGGCUGAAGACUUGCUGUGAGGAUGAGGAAGUCGCGGGCCGGCUGGAUGAUGAGAGAGAAAGAUCUGUAGAAAAGCAGCAGGAAGAAGAAGAAGAAGAAGAAGAAGAAGAAGAAGAAGACGACGACGUGGAGUGGGAGUCACCUGAGGGGUUCUCUGCACCGAUACCGUGGCGCAAGAUCGAAGCGGAGGGUUUGGACUGCGACUACGGCCUGUUGUUCAAGAAGGCCAAGGCAACUGAGCUCUUCCACAAGCUGGAGAGGGAGGUGGAGUACUUCACCGGUGAGCAGACCAAAGUGCAGGUGUUUGGUAAGAGCUACAGUGUGCCGCGUAAGCAGGCGACGUACGGGGACGAGGGGCUGAUGUACUCCUUCUCUGGGGUGCACCUGCUGGCCCGACCCUGGACCCCCACGCUCGAGGGCAUACGCGACGCUGUCACCACGGCCACCGGACACACUUUCAACUUCGUGCUCAUCAACAGGUACAAAGACGGUCUUGACCACAUGGGUGAGCAUCGCGAUGACGAGCGUGAGCUGGAUCCCAGCUGUCCCAUCGCUUCCGUGUCCCUUGGCGCCGCGCGGGACUUUGUCUUCCGACACAGGAGCAGCAGGGGGGCAUGGGGGGCCGGCAGUGGCGGCAGAGGAGGAGGAGGGAGCAGUGGUAGGGGCGGGGGAGCAGUGAAGAAAUGCGGCAGCAGUGGUGGUGUUGGAGGGUCAUCAUCAUCAUCACCGCCAGUGCCUGUGAAACUGGAGUUGGCCCAUGGCAGUCUGCUGCUGAUGAACGCCCCCACCAACACCUACUGGUACCACAGCCUGCCCGUACGCAAGAAGUGCCUCGCGCCACGCAUCAACCUCACCUUCAGACGCAUACUCAAGAAGCCGUGAGUGACCACGGUUUAGUUGACUUGGCUGGCGGGCAGUGUUGAAACAGUUGAAAUCAACCGUGCCCAACGGACCAACCAUUGACCCCCGAACAUUUACAAAAAACAGACAGAGAUAUCCAGCUUGUCCUUAGUUGUGCAUACCAUUGGUUUUAUAUUCGUGUCUGCCACCCCCAGCUGAGGCUGUCUGAUGGCCCAUGGUGGUUUGCUGCUGAUCAACACCCCCUCACCCCCAUGGACACGUACAACAGCCUGCCCGUACGCAAGAAGGUGCCUCACUCCACCCACAACAACACAUCAAUCUCACCUUCAGAUGCAUACUCUAGAGGCCUUGAUGGAGCUCUGUUAUCACCAGUGCAGCUCCUUGCUGGAGGAGGCCCUCUUGGGGGGUAGGGGGGGUGCUCAGGUGGGACUUUCUUCCAUCUCUUGACUGGAGAUGUAUACUCAGGAAACUGGGAGG